AUAAACACCCCACUAAUCCACCAUCUUCAUAGCUAAUCACUCUCUCUUUAGUUCCUACUUAGCUUUCUUGAGCUAUUGAUUGAGGAAAUGGGUUUGACGCAUACUCAUCUGCUUAUAUUUUUACUCAUUGUUUGUGCAUCCGUAUUUAGAGAUGGAGUUUCUGCGACCGGUGUAAGCUCUAGUUCUUGUACAAGUACUCCUCGGUCUCCUAGAAGGAUUACUGUUGGUGGCUCUGCACGUUGGACCUUUGGCUUUAACUACUCCACUUGGGCUUUUAAUAGGAAUCCCUUCUACGUCAAUGAUACUCUAGUGUUUAAUUAUGAGCCACCUAGCGAGAAAAAUAUACAUCCACACAGUGUCUACUUGCUGCCCGACUUGGAGAGUUUCGUGAACUGUAACCUAACUAACGGUGUGAAGAUUGCAAAUGAGACACAAGGGACCGGUAAAGGUUUCAGGUUUGUGUUAAAGAAGUGGAAGCCUUACUACUUUUCUUGCGGUGCAAGUGAUGGCUACCAUUGUCGUUUCGGUGGGAUGAAGUUCUUUGUGCUGCCACUUCGCCGUCGGAACUACUGAUCAGAGAACAGUACGCCAGGGAAGAUGCAUUGCAGCUUAUAGGGCAUUAUUCCAUGUUUGUCCUGAAUUUGUUGCUUUUUUUAAGAGAAAAGCAAGAAUAAUUUAUCAAAAAUAAAAGCAGUACUGGCGGAAGCUAAACUUUUUUUAUUA